AUGGGAAAGUCCAGACGAAACAGAGGCGGCCAGGGCCAUCGCAAGGACCCCAUCGCCAAAACCGUCAAGCCGCCCUCUGACCCCGAGCUGGCCGCCCUCAGGGAAAAGUCCAUUCUGCCCGUCAUCAAGGACCUCAAGAGCUCCGACCCAAAGUCCCGCACCGCCGCCGCCGCCGCCGUCUCCAACAUCGUCACCGACGAAAAGUGCCGGAAGCUGCUGCUGCGCGAGCAGAUCGUCCACAUCGUCCUCAAUGAGACGCUGACCGACGCAAACCUCGACAGCCGCGCCGCUGGCUGGGACAUUUUGAGGGUCAUUGCCGAGGAGGAAGAGGCCGACUUUUGUAUUCACCUGUACCGCCUGGAUGUCCUCAGUGCCAUCGGCUUUGCCUCUCAGGCUGUUAGUCCCCAUUCCCAUUCGCAUAAUCCUCAAGUGAGUUCUUUGGUUAACAUUCAUCAGAUCCUGGAGAACCUGGCCAAGGGCUCCGCUGUGAGCAAGGGCGAGGCCAAGGUUACAUGGGCCAUUGCUGAGUCCGUCGUCGCACUCCUGUCUGCCCUCGCCGAGGCUCAGGAUGAGAUCCUCGAGGCCAUUGUGGGAAUCGAGGGCAUCAAGAACCUCCUUUUCACUCUUGUAGCUCACGCCGACUCACCGUCAAGCAUCUGCCUCGAGGCGCUGGCUGCUCUCCUUACCUUAUCUGAGGACAACCGUCGUCUGGCUGAGGAUGUCGUGGCCGACGAGAACCCCAAGCCCCUCACGACCCUAACGAAGUUGCAAGCCACUGCCGAUGCCAAGGGCGUCCUGGCUUGUGGUGUUCUGCACAACAUCUUCACAACUUUGGAGUGGUUCGACAGCACACCGGGUCAGAAAAACCUCUCCGACGCCGCACUCAUCCCGACUCUGUCAUCGGCACUCCAGGGCUCCGAGCCGGCAGCUGACUUGCCACCCAAGAGCCAAUGGUCCAACCCGACCGAGGUCCUCCAGCUCGCACUGGAAAUCCUAGCCGACAUUGGCACCACCCUCCAAGUAUCCAUGCAGGGCGGCAACAAGAAGGGAGGCGAGGAAUGGAACGGAAUUGGAGACGACACCGCCAUGGAGGAGGACAUCGACGACAAGGCUUCAGGGGAGGAAGACAACGUCGGCGGCGACGACGACGACUCCUCAAUGGACGAGGACGACAUGGCCGACAUGGAGAUGGUGACCGGCGCCGACGACGAGGUCGAGGGCGAGGCGAACAUGGACGACUUCCCCACGCUCCGCGAACUCAUCCAACAAGCCAUCCCGAGACUCAUCGAGCUCGCGACCACCGCCGCACAGUCCGACGACGCCCUCCGAAUCCAGGGCCACGCGCUGUCCGCCCUGAACAACAUCGCCUGGUCCAUCUCCGUCUUCGACUUCGCCGACGACCACAACGCCGGCAUCCUCAAGGCGUGGACGCCCUCCGGCAAGGCCGUCUGGGGCAAGGUCAUCGUCCCCAUCCUCGCCGCCAACACCGCCGACGUCGACCUCGCCACCCAGGUCACCAGCCUCGCCUGGGCCGUCUCACGCAGCCUGCCCGGCCGCGCGCCCCUCACCGGCGACGAGCACAAGAAGUUCAUGGCGCUCUACCAUGCCACCAAGAGCUUGCCCAAGAAGGGAGCGAACGGAGCAGCAAACGGCGAGAAGGCCAAGGACGAAGAGCCCGAGGACCCUUUCCAGGGUCUGGGAGUGAAGUGCAUCGGCGUGCUGGGCCAGCUCGCGCGGGACCCCGCCCCCGUCGAGCUCAACCGCGAGAUCGGCGUCUUCCUCAUCACGGUCAUCACGGCUCUGCCCGAGACCCCGGCCGCCGACGCGGUCGAGGCGCUCAACCAGCUUUUCGACAUCUACGGCGACGAGGACUUUGCAUGCGACAAGGAGGUCUUCUGGAAGGACGGCUUCCUGCAGCAUCUUGAGGCGGCCCAGCCCAAGGUCAAGGCCCUUGUCAAGACGAUCGACAAGAGGACGCUUCCCGAGCUCCGCUCGCGCGCGGACGAGGUUGUUCUCAACCUCGCGCGUUUCCUCUCGUACAAGAAGAAGCACCAGCCUUGA